CUCCUGACGCUCUGCUCUCCUGUCGAGGGACGCUUAGCCCUGCCACAAGAUUCGCACUCUUGAGGUCCGCAUUUGGAAUUGGUUGCAACGACUAAACGCAAAGGAGUAGUUUGGUUUAGUUUUGUAGUUUGCGCUCAAAAAGGCGUCAGUUGCCGCUCAGUUGCCUUACAAACUUGACAGAGGACUGUUUGGGAUGAGAGCGACGUGCGAAUAAAUGGGACCUUCUCUUUCAUUUUCCGAAACUUCCACCAUGGAGAGCCUGCGGUGGAACAAUAAUAGAAUUAUCCAUGCGCCAGCCUGACACACAAUAUCUUACAUUCGGCUCAGGCUGUGUGUAUGAGCUGAGGGCGCAGCAGGUGCAGUCAUGCAGUCGGGGCAAAACUGCAGCUCAGAGUGUGUGUCAGGAGUGUGUUCCAUCCACCCGACACUCAGCAGCCAGGAAGGAUGGGACGUACUGCAGAGACUCUGCACCCUCACUACUGGGAGGGGGGUGGAGGUGCAGGGUCGUUCUCUGUCUCCGGUGCUGUGUGCUGUGGUGUGGACGCUGCUCUCCUGUGGAAUCCUGCUGGCAAUCUUCUUCCUCCUCUUCACUCUGCGCUUCAGGAACAACAGGAUUGUGAAGAUGUCCAGUCCCAACCUGAAUGUGCUGACUCUGUGUGGAAGCAUUCUGACCUACAGCAGUGGCUUCCUCUUUGCCAUUGAAGAGCAGAUGCUGAUGCAGAGAGUGGGGCCCAGAGCAGUACUACAGGCCCACAUCUGGACUCUGUGUAUCGGGACCACUCUGGUGUUUGGACCCAUCCUGGGGAAAACCUGGCGUCUGUAUCGGGUCUUCACCCAGCGCAUUCCUGACAAGAGAGUGAUCAUCCGGGACAUCCAGCUGAUGGGUCUGGUUGUGUUGCUGAUUCUGGUGGACAUUCUGGUUCUGGGCACCUGGGGUUUAGCCGACCCAAUCAAAUGUGCACGCUCGGUUGGAGCAGUGGUCAAGGUGGUGGGGGUGGACGUGUCGUACUCUCUGUCCCAGCUGGACUCCUGCUCAUCCCAGUACUCUGACAUCUGGGUCAUUCUCCUCUCCAUCCUCAAGGGUAGUCUUCUCCUCUAUGGGACGUACUUGGCUGGCCUGACCAGCAACGUCAGUCUGCCCCCGGUCAACCAGUCCCUGACCAUCAUGGCUGCCGUGUGUCUGGUGACUGUGUCGUCGUCGGUGGCCAUCCCGGUCUCGCGGUACCUGCAGGCCUGGCCAAAUGUGGUCUACAGCGUGGUGUCGGGAGCCAUCUUUAUCUGCACCCUGGCCAUCGACUGCCUGCUGUUUGUCCCCCAGCUGACCCAGUGGAGGCAGUUUGAGGAGGAGAUGAACCCGAACUCGAGUCAGAUGUCCAAGUACUUCAGCAGCCCCAGCAGGAGUCUGCGCUCCAUGUACAGCGAGGAUGAGAUCUACUACCUGCUGGGGGAGAACACCUCCAUGAAGAGACUCAUCAAUGAGAAGAAUGCCGUGAUCGACAGUCUGCAGGAGCAAGUGAACAACGCCAAGGACAAACUCCUCAAGCUCAUGGGCCACCCCCCCAUGGAGGGCGAGAUGGAUUCGUCCAACACCAACCUCAACUCCUGCUCCACCCAGACGACGGUGGUACAGGCCGACAUGGCCGCCACCACACCCCCCUCGUCCGAGAGCCAGCCGUCGGGCUCCACUCUGCCCCUACCUCUGCCUUUGCCUCUGCCACCGCCGAUGCCACCGCCGAUGCCAACCUCACCGCCGCCAUACGUGCCCCCACCAGCUGCGCCACCCUCCGCACUGGCACCGCCUCCUGUGUCCUCCGCAAGCAACGAGCGCUCUUCCUCGUCCCCUCCUCACCCUCAUCUUCACCCUCGUCCCCUCUCUCCUCCCCCUGGUGUUGGUGGUGCCUCCCAAGGUUCCCAUAGCAACCAAAGGAGGGCAGUGUUGUCACCUGAGAGAUUUUGUUUGGAUGACGUUGCGUCCAAACCCCCUGCUGGUUCAAGCUCUGCCCCUGGGCUUGCUACAGUGGAGGAGGCGUCGGUGACCAGUCCCGUCCCUCACCCUAACCAAGUGCUGCCGGGACCGGCCCUCCUGUCCCCGACAAGGUCCGGCACAGCCCGGUCAGACUCUGUCGGACCCACGGAGGAUACCAUUGUGUUGUUGCCGCCGGUUACGGGGGGUGCCUGGCAGGGUUUCGUGAGCAACGAGCAGCUGCAGGAGAUCCUGAAGGAGCUGAGCGUGGAUGCUCGAGGACGCUCCGCCUCCUUCCGGUCACACGACCCGACCAGGAGGCCGUCGGUCAAUCAGGUGCAGGACGAGCUCUCCCCUCUCUCGCCUCGCUCGCCCUGUUCGCCGUUCUACUUCCACUACCCGAGCAUCUCGCCCUACGCCAUGCGCAAGCGCAGGCCCCCCUUCUAUCCGCACCGGUCAAGCCCACACAACACCGCACUGGGGCAGCCCGCCGGACGCUGCAGGGGAACAGAGCGCCCUGAACGCCAACAGUCCCAGGAGACGGGCGAGCCCGCAAAUGACCUCGUUUUACGUAACGAGGAGAGCAACAAAGAGGUGGAGGUGGACGAGGCAGAGGAGAGGGGUGCGCACGGGUCACCCCGUUGGCAGCGGCGGCAAGAACGGCGACGAGAGCGCUGCCGGACGCAGCGCGGGGCAGCGCCCCCUCCCCGCCGGUGCUCCAUCACGCCGUACUCCGGGCAGUCGGGCCACAGACUUGCGACCUCUGACCCGGAAGGAGGAAGUAGGAGGAACCAGGAAGUGGAGCUCAGGGUGGACCCUUACGGCUACUCAGACUCGGACUCGGACAGCAGCUCGGAGGACUACUGCUACUACCACCAUCCCUACUGCGACUCCUGCAUGCAGGGCACCUACGCGUCGUCCUCUGACAGCAUGUCCGAGACCUCGGACAGCGAGUAUGGCGCCGUCUAUGACCUCUGCCAUGCCACACACCCUGUGGUCAACUUCAAUGAGGACCUCAAACCCACGUUUGUCUGAGUGUGUGUGUGUUUGUCUAAAUGUGAGUGUGUGUGUGUGUGUGUGUUUGUGUGUGUAUGUG